AGCCGGAAAACAUGUCCGAAGAACACCACAGGACCAGAGUCCAAACCCUAACUUGCUCCACUUCACUGUUCCGACUAGAGCCCUGAUCUCCCUCCUGUUUCAAGCGUCUCUGUCUCUCUUUCUGGACUCUCGUGUCUCUAUCUAGAGAGCAGUGGAGAUGGAGAGUGUUUACGGUAGCAACGCCAAUCUCGACGCUGGGGUGGCACCAAAGGUGGGAACUUUCGUGAUCGAAGCUGCCCUGCUGGUUCAGAGGACCGCUUGCUUGCUCCUGCUUCUGGUGGUUGUAUUGCAGCAUGGCGGUGACUCUGUGUUUAUGAUAAUUGAUUCAGAUCGAAGGUUCACAGCAGCUGACUUUGUUGGAGUGAAAGAGCCAUUGCCAGAGAAUGAGGACACUGGUGACAUGGCUUCUCAGGAACCUGGGGACAAAGGUGAUGGGGAGGGCGACGGUGACAAGGAUGACGAUGAGGGAGAAGGUGACAGUGAUGAUGAUGUGGAGGGGUCUGAUGAUGACUAUAGCGAGACUGACAGUGAUGAGGAAAGCGACGACGACGAUGACGAUGAUGAUGACGAUGACGACGAAGAUGAGGAGGAGGACGAUGAGGACGAUGAAGAUGAGGAUGAAGAAGAUGACGAGGACGAAGAUGCGCAAUCUCAGCCACCUUCCAAAAAGAAGAAGUGAACCAUUGCGCAUAACCUGUUGUCCGAAUUGGUUCAUUGUUCUUCAGACAAAUUUUUUCUUCUUUUCAAAAGGAUUUGACCUGGAAUAAAGAAAUAAAGCUGAUUAUUUGUGCA